CUCCCCCUCUCUCCACAGCCUCUCGCUUUGUAAGCAUGUCCAGCCAGGAGAACAUACACGCCCAAGAGCUUUGCUCAAGGAUCUCUAAGUCCCAAAGGGACUUAGCAAAGUCCAUCCUGACCGGGGCUCCAGGAGGACUGCUCCCUCAGCCCGGCGUGCCUCUCGCAGCCCGACAGCGUGCAGCAGACCCCCAGGGACAGGGGCUCAGGGCCAUGGAGGGGCCAGCGGGGUACCUGCGGCGGGCCAGCGUGGCCCAGCUGACCCAGGAGCUGGGCACGGCCUUCUUCCAGCAGCAGCAGCUGUCGGCCGCGAUGGCAGACACCUUUCUCGAGCACCUUUGCCUGCUGGACAUCGACUCGGAGCCCGUGACGGCCCGCAGCACGAGCAUCAUUGCCACCAUCGGGCCGGCCUCGCACUCGGUGGAGCGCCUCAAGGAAAUGAUCAAGGCCGGGAUGAACAUCGCGCGCCUCAACUUCUCGCACGGCUCCCACGAGUACCACGCUCAGUCCAUGGCCAACAUCCGGGAGGCGGUGGAGAGCUUUGCGACUUCUCCGCUUGGCUACCGGCCGGUGGCCAUCGCCCUGGACACCAAGGGACCAGAAAUACGCACCGGCGUCCUGCUGGGGGGCCCGGAGGCCGAGGUGGAGCUAGUGAAGGGCUCCCGGGUGCUGGUGACGGUGGACCCGGCGUUCCGGACGCGGGGGGACGCGAACAUCGUGUGGGUGGACUACCCCAAUAUUGUCAAGGUCGUGUCGGUGGGGGGCCGCAUCUUCAUAGACGACGGGCUCAUCUCCCUCCAGGUCAAGAAAAUCGGUCCAGAUGGGCUGGAGACCCAGGUGGAGAGUGGAGGCCUCCUGGGCAGCCGGAAGGGUGUGAACUUGCCAGGUGCCCAGGUGGACUUGCCCGGGUUGUCUGAGCAGGAUGUUCUGGACCUCCGUUUUGGGGUGCAGCAUAACGUGGACAUCAUCUUUGCCUCCUUUGUGCGGAAAGCCAGUGACGUGGCUGCCAUCCGGGCUGCUCUGGGGCCCGAAGGACGCCACAUCAAGAUCAUUAGCAAAAUUGAGAACCACGAAGGCGUGAAGAAGUUUGAUGAAAUCCUGGAGGUGAGCGAUGGCAUCAUGGUGGCGCGGGGCGACCUGGGCAUCGAGAUCCCAGCCGAGAAGGUUUUCCUUGCCCAGAAGAUGAUGAUCGGACGGUGCAACUUGGCGGGCAAGCCGGUCGUCUGUGCCACACAGAUGCUGGAGAGCAUGAUCACCAAGCCGCGGCCCACCCGGGCAGAGACGAGUGACGUGGCCAACGCUGUGCUGGACGGAGCGGACUGCAUCAUGCUGUCGGGGGAGACCGCCAAGGGCCUAUUCCCAGUGGAUGCAGUGAAAAUGCAGCAUGCGAUAGCUCGGGAGGCAGAGGCUGCUGUGUAUCACCGGCAGCUGUUUGAGGAGCUGCGCCGGGCGGCACCCUUGAGCCGCGAUCCCACUGAGGUCACCGCCAUAGGUGCCGUGGAGGCCGCCUUCAAGUGCUGUGCGGCUGCUAUCGUCGUGCUGACUACGACUGGCCGCUCAGCACAGCUGCUGUCCCGGUACCGACCUCGGGCAGUGGUCAUUGCUGUCACCCGCUCUGCCCAGGCUGCCCGGCAGGCCCACCUGUGCCGGGGGGUGUUUCCCUUGCUCUACAGUGACCCUCCGGAGACCAUCUGGGCGGACGAUGUGGAUCGCCGGGUCCAGUUUGGCAUUGAAAGUGGAAAGCUCCGUGGCUUCCUGCGCGUGGGGGACCUGGUGAUCGUGGUGACAGGCUGGCGACCUGGGUCUGGCUACACCAACAUCAUGCGAGUUCUGAGCGUACCCUGAGAUGCCCCACGAGCCAGCCCCCUCCCCCCACAGACCCCCUGCCCAGGCCACACUUGCUCCCCUCCCCUUCACGCAGGCCCUGGAGGGCUGUGUCCAGAGCAGCACAGGACAUAUGGCAGCACCAGCCCCUGCGCCCCACGCUCUCAGCUGGGCCCUAAGAUGCUCUGAUCCCUAAUCCUAGCUUAGCUGGUUAAUUCGAUUCCCCUGGGCUUCCUGUACCCAGGGGGUGUGGGGCAAGGGGCACAGGGCAGUCCCCACAAGAUCACUAUCGUGCAUUCUGAUAUUCUCUGAUGUGGCCCCCACGAUGA